AUGGAAUUAUUAGAAUACCUGGACAACGCAACUUUCAACUUGAAGAGUUCGUCAGAUUCGGAAGAAGAAUAUCAAAUUAUGAGCAAAUAUUUCAAUUCUCACACUUCUGAUAAUGACCUGAGUUAUACAAAUGAUACUGAUUACGAUUACUCAAAGCCUCCUGCAGUACACCAUGAAGGUUACAGCUAUGGCAAUAAUUCAUUCGAAGUCGAGCAGGGCCACCAACAAGGCGGCUUUGACUAUUCAAAUGUACAAUACUUUCAACCUCCUCCUCCUCACCAUGCACACUUUGCUCAUCAAUCUCCUUCAUACCAAACACACAGCCAACAACAUCACCAUCUUCAACACCAGACAUCUGCUGAAGACUUUGCUCGUGCAACUGCUGGUAAAUCUAAUCCUUACAAAGAAACCCUGGAACCUUCCCAUUCCCAUGAUGAAUCUAAAAUAGCCAGACCAAAUAGUAAUAGCCUGCCAUUGAUGUAUACUAGUCAUCAUCAGCAACAACAGAGUCCGCUCCACCACACUCCAAUGUCACUUCCAUCUCAUACUCCAAUUCAACAUUCUAUGGGCCAACCUCCUAUGCAGCAAGGACAACAACAGCAACACCAAUUGUCUGUACAGAGCACCCCAACGAUACAGAGAUCCUUCCAAGCUCCUAAUGCUCCUAUACAUCAAAUUGGUUCCAUUACAUCACAAUCAACACAUUCCACUCCAUUACAGCAACAAAGAGCACCACCCCAAGGUUUACCAAUAUCGCCUGUUCUUAAUUUACAAGAAUACCCAGAUAUGACUACAAUGGUGAAUUCCAACUCAAACAUGGUUGUUCCUAUGGUGGAUACUGCAUUUGUAGAUCAUAGGAUCUGUUCUGUGUGCUCGAAACGUAUCACAAGAGAUAUGUCCAGACACAUGAGAACACAUCAAAUAAUACCUAGGUUUCAAUGCUCGUUUCCUAAGCUGCAAUGCAACCAUAAAUCAGGAAGAUUCAAUAGACCUUACGAUUUCAAGAAGCAUUUGUUAAACAGACACUUCAAGUUUGAUAACCCAGAGAUUAAAAAGAUCCAUAACCUCAGUGACAAAUUGAAUCACCCAGGGUUGUGUCCUUGUGGAUUGAGAUUUAUAAGUAAGGAUUGGUUAGAUGAACAUAUUUUGACCAAUGAUGUGGAAAAAAAGUGUCCAUGUAUAGAUAAUUAA